AUGCUGUCCAGCUCGAUCUCGGCGGAUCCCACAAUUCCGGUCACAAAACCUUUUGAUGGGAUUGACUCAGCAUCUACCAGUUCUGCCGACAAGAGUGCAGAAAAACCCAUCGACAAUGGUGGCACACCUCCAUCGCAAUCUCCUCCAAGUUCAAGUCCCAAGAUUGAAGAGGUGGAACAUAAUAAAAAGGCCGAUCCAGAAAGGUUUGCAAAUUCAGCCGAGGAGCCGCGGGAUCCGGGGAAAGAAGAAUUAAAGAAAGAGACGUCAAGCAAAACAGGGUGGGAAUCACCGGUCCAAGUAAGUUCUUGAUUCUAUUAUAUUAUUCUUCUUUAGGAACCUGUAAAUGGAGUGGUUCAACCGCGGACUGUACCCCCUACUGGAAAGCCCACGAGGCAGACCAACCAGCUUGAUUAUAUAGCUAAAGAAAUCCUUAAGCCUGCCUUGAAACACAAGCAUGCCUGGCCAUUCUUGCGACCUGUAGAUGCUGUAAAACUAAACAUUCCAGACUACCACAAGGUUAUAAAACGGCCUAUGGAUCUAGGUACUAUAGAGAAAAGGUUAAAGAACUGUUAUUACACUUGUGCAGAGGAAUGCGUGAACGUAAGUACUUUUUUUUCAUGUGCUAUUAACCUUGCGAUCGGAUGUCUGGUUUCGCUUUUUCGUUAUCUUUGUGUUUGUUGAACAUGGUCAUUAUAUUUGAGUGCUAAUGAGGCGCCGAGCGAUUUUUGUGUAGUUCUUGACACCAAGUGUAAUGUUUUGUUGAGCUCUUAGCGUUGUUAGGUCGUUGAAGGCCUCUUCCAGGGCCGUAAAAACAAUGCGGCUGUUUUCUUUUUAGGCUGUACGUAUGGUCCAAAUUACAUGUACAUAUUGCACAAAGAGGGCAGUCUUGUUUGUUUUGACUAAAUUUUGUGUUUUUAACGACAUCAGACUCGAUCGCAAGCGCACUUGUGGCCUCUGUAAACCCCUGAAUUGUAGGAUAUAAUGACCAUGUUCAACAACUGCUUUACUUACUGUCCACCCACUUACGGCGUCUAUGCCAUGGCUAAAAAGCUGGAAUCAGACAUCCUCGCAAAACUAAGCCGAAUGCCGGCAAAUGUAAGUGUUUUGAUUAAUUGUUGGGGUUUUAGGACUUCGAGCAAAUGUUUGCUAACUGCUACAGGUUCAACCAAAACGAAGACGAUGUCGCAUUAAUGUGCAAAAACAUCGAAAAUAUUAUGAGAGACAAAUUGAAACACAUGCCGUCACAGGUGCUCGUUCUCCCAUUAUCUAUUUCUUUAUUAGGGGAUAAUUUUGUUAUUCAGUAAAUGAAUAACUUGACUCUUUCCAGGAAGUUGAGGUGCCUAAGCAAGUGCCCAAGAAGGCUGGGAAAGUAGCCAAGAAGACCGUGGCUCAGCGUGGAGCGUCGGUGGCUUCCAACGUGGGACGAGGUAGCGUUGCUAGUAGUCCACAUAGUUCUGCGCCUUCUGAAACCGCCGCUGCCGUGUUAGAAUACUUUCACAAUGCCACUAUACAAGGUGCUCACCAUAUUCCGUUCCCCCCUUUUCGGUUACAAUAGCUGAGAUUUGACUGGCCAAAGCGUUUCUCUUGUUUCUGUUGGCCGAGGACAUUGUAUUUUGUGGCAUUGCAGUGUGGAAAGAAUGAUGGCCUCGGCCACCUCUUCUUCAAUCCGUCUUUUCUGUCCAUUUCCUUUACUUUUUGGGUUGUGUUUGCUCUUAACGCACUUGUUAACAAAGUUUUGGGAGCACUUUGUAUCUUGGUUGAUGGCGACAUUAUGACUCUGCUUUUUCGUUUCUUCUCUUCAAAGCGCUUUAGAGUCUGCAAUCUCUGCUGUUGUAAUGGUCCCUGUUUGCCCGUUGUUAUCAUAAAUGUAUUGUCGUGUUUUCAGUAAGUCGCGAGUCCUCAAGUGUCAGGGAUGGAGAAUUGACUGAGAAGGUAUGUUAAGCUGGGCGUUUGUGAUGUUUUCUUUUCAGAAGGCACCAAAAAGGAAGGCGGAAUCGCCAUUGGUAUUUGAUGAGAAACCCGUACGCAGAGAUAAUCCAAACUCUCGAUACGAAGCCUUGAAGACCAUGGACUACACCAACCUGAAACCGAGGUACACCGGAAAACUCUCGAGUCAAAUGAAAUUCUGUUCAAAAGUAAUCAAUGAGUUGGUGACUUCCAAGAAAUGCAAAGAGUUUAAUUGGCCGUUCUUGGAACCUGUCAAUGACGUUGAAUUGAAUAUCCCUGACUACUACGUUGUCAUCAAGAAACCGAUGGAUCUGGGGACAAUAAAAAGAAAGUUUGAUGCCAGACAAUACGCCACCCCGGAAGAAAUUAGAGAUGACGUCCAUUUGGUUUGUAACAAUUGCUUCCAAUACAAUCCAGAAGGACAGACGGUUAAUAAAAUGGGGAAAGAUUUGAUGGUAGGUCUUGAGUUUUUAUAUUUGUAUGUUUUUAGAAAUAUUUCGAUGAAAGAUGGAAAAAUCUGCCACAGGAAGUCGAGCCUUUGCCCGAAGUCCCGUUAACACCGAUCACGUCCACUGCAGCGAUGAGAGAUCCGUAUGCCUUCCCCGGAGCCAGAACGACUCCGGCUCCUCUCUUGCCUGCUCAGUCCACUCCCAUCACUCACAAUCAAACAUAUGGGCCUUUAGCCACCGAUGAUGCUAUCGAUACUCUACUCGAAGAUGUCCAAUCAGAACAGUUCAGACUCACUAGCCGUGUUGCAGAGCUUCAGAGAUACAUGCAAGAGUUAAUCCAAUUAAAGUAAGGUUUUAGAAAAUGAAAAUAGGGUUGUCACAUCUGGUAGGAUGUAAUCUGUUAGUCUUCAUAGCUUGGCGGAUUUUUCACACUUUUUUGAAAAAAUUUCUCUUGGCAGAUAGACUUCUUUGGUUUAAGUUGCACUGAUUGCUCCGUCAGAGCAAUCGGACCUAAAGGAAUUGUUAUAUUUGAUGAAAGAUGGGGUUUGGAAUUCCUUUUGGCCCAUUCCCGUAUUUUUGGCACCUCAAAACUUUAAAAAUACCUCCGCCAGCCUUUUAAGCAUGAGAAAAGGAAAAUCAAGACAGGAUCAAUGAUUAUGUGAAGUGCAAAAACUCCUCAGCGUUAUUAUAUUCCGGUCCGAAAAAGUAGGAUUAGGAUACCAUAGUAAUCGUUCUAAAGUAAAAUGAGAAAAGUUUAAAUCAUAUUUUCUGCCAAAUGUGGGCUUAUAGACGAAAAGGUUCUCAUUUGUGGACAAUGAAAAGUUUUUUGUGGACAAAAAAUGUAUUUUCUUUUAAGAAAUUUAUGUAAUCCUUUUUUAGGCAAAGGAGAAGAGAAGCAAGAGAACAGAAGGCAGUGGCCCCAUCUUUGUCAGGUGAAUUGCAUACCCACAUCAAGAAGAGCCUGAUGUCCGGGGGAAUAGCAGGUCUGAUCACUCCCUUUAGCGCUGUUGGAACACAGCCGACGUUCACAGCUACUCCGAUCGCCCAGAAUCCUCCUCCAGCGUUGUUGUCACCGGUCGCCGCCUCCGCUAAUAUGUUCUCAGCAGCCGCGAACGGUGCCAAACGACGAGCAGGUCGUCCUAAGGGCUCAGGAAAUCUUCCCAAGACUCCAAGCGUUGACAUGGCCACACUGCCGCUGGCGUCACCGGUUACUCAACCUCCUGUUUUGCCGCCGGCGCCUCCCACGCUUUCCCAGCAAGCCUUUAAUGCAGCGCCGACAGAUAAUUCGAUGCCGCCACCGGGUCAAGCGCCUCUUGCCAAAUCGGGUCGUGGCAGAAAGCCUGGAUCAAAGAAUAAACCCAAAGGUGCCCGAGAAGAGAAACCCGAGUACGAAUUCAAUUCAGACGAAGAUCAAGCCUCUGAGCCAAUGACAUACGAAGAAAAGAAACGAUUGUCUACCAACAUUAACAAUCUGCCCAGUGAUCGGUUAAGUAAAGUUCUUCAGAUUAUCGCCAAAAGAGAAAAGUUGGAUCCCGAAUUCAAUCCAGAAGAGGUGGAGAUCGACUUCGAGACCCUCCAACCCAAGACUCUCAGGGAAUUGGAAAUUUUUGUUACCCAAUGUGGUCAAAAGAGCACCAGGAGACAGAAUGGUAAGGAUCAUGUGAUCAGUUUCAUACUGAAUUAUCUGUCUACGUGUCUGUGUUGAUCGUUCUUAUGUUUAAGCUUGUAAUUGCUUGAAUUAUUUCAGCCCCUCGACCCCUCGAACAGGCAGCCAGAAAACGCGAACUGGAGCAGAGACUUGCUGAAAUUGGCGGUAAUUCCAAGAGUAAGUCGAGAAUAGAGUGCUUUGGCUUUUAUUUACCAAGUCCAGUCCGAGCGGUGCUGUCCUUGUUCCUGGCUGACUAACCGUUUCUUUUCAGGAGGCAUGUCGGGAGCCCCUCCACGAGGCCGACCACCAGCCAACAUGACUUCGGCCAAUAGGGAUUCCAGUGAAUCUUCGUCUUCUUCCUCAUCGUCCUCUUCAGAAUCCUCAUCGUCAGAUUCUUCGGACUCUGAAUCAGGUUAGCAAAGUUUAGCUUUACAGUAGUUGGAUAGCUGGGGUUUUGUUAUCUCAGAGCCUUCGUUACAUUCUCCAUAAUUUCUUACCUCUCCUUUUCCUUUCUAACGCCCUCAUUCAUGUCCUCGAUUGUAUAUAGUAAUGAUUGUAAGUCCACAAGGUGUCAUCAUGGCGUGUUUAAGGUUCCUCACUCCGAUCUUUCAGACUUCUUAUUUCCCUCGACUAAGUUCUUGAAAAUGCGAAAGGAAAGCGCGCUAGAAAGGGGUGGGAACAUAAAUGUGUCAUCAUGACAGUUUUUUGGACAUAAUAAGAGUAAUAAUAGAAGCAACCAGUAAUUAUACCUCACUCUUGUUUGAUCCGUUUUGAUACUCGCAAAACUCAGAAUCUCACUCAUGUUGCCGGCGACAAUGUAAAUAAUAUCUCGGGGGAUUUCUAAUAAUUUGGAAUAAAUUUGAUUAACAUGUAGAAGAACGCUGUAAAGAAAACAACUGGUAACCCGUCAAGAAACACCAUCAUGGUGACACAUUAAUCUCAGGACUUAAUUCCCCUGAUAAUCAAACAUUUAAAAAGGAUUAUUGAUCGUGUCUUUUACAAUAUGUAAUCGAUAUUGAACUCAGGGAAAAUAUUUUUAGAACAAAAAGAAGCCCCCAAAACAUCACCCCGGCCAAACGGCACCAACAACCUUAACCGUCCACGAGCCAAUCCAGUAAGUUAGUUUUAUAAUUAGCAUUUCAUACACCUCGAUUUCAGUCUGUCACCAAGCCGACCAAUAACAACACAUUGAAUUCGGCCCCUGGCGUCAAUGGAGUAAAACCUGAGGAUAAAAGGAACAUUGUUCACAGUGGAGCUGGUCCUCUUCUGCAGAACAACAAUGCAGUCAGUCAUGCCGGAAUUAGCGGGUCCGUCUUGGAUCAGCUUCUUCCAGCUGCUGAAGCUUCGGCUGAUAAUAAUACGGGACUCUCGAAAGGAAAUUAUCUCGAUUCGUUUGAUACCUUCAAGAGAAUGAAGAGAGAAAAGGACAUGACGGUAAGUCUGAUGAAAAGGAUAACAUCGGUCUGGUUCAGAAACAAACCUUGGCACAAAGAGAUCAGGAACGUUCCAAGAACGGAAUGGAGAGCACUUCCACCUCCAGACAAGACGAAAUUCAGCGGCUGAAAAUGGCAGAGAAGGUCGGUUUUUGGAUCCCAUACCCUUGACCUCAAUACUCUGCCAUUUCCCUAACUUCCUUUUUCAGGAACGUCGUCAACGUGAAGCCGCCAAUGACGAAGGAAUCACCACGCAAAUGGACAUUAUGGCCAACUUUGAGGACAACUUUUGA